AUGUCAGCGAUAGAGAACCUGACAGAGAAUCUGGAGUCAGACAUCGAGGACAUGAAAAGGAAGUCUAAGAAACGGAACCUUGGGAAUUUCCCCUGUCCAGAUUGUGGGAAAAUCUUUACAAGAACUGAUCAUUUAUCGAGACACUAUUUAAAUCAUAAACCUAAGGAAGUGUUCGAAUGUGAAUUUCCUGUUGAAACAAUCGGCGGAGGAAAAAGAAAAUGUGGUAAAAGAUUUGUAAGAAGAGAUUUAAAAGAUAGGCAUUUGAAACGUCAUUUGUCAAGUAGCCCCAAUGUCAGAGUAAACUGGUCAAGUUUACCUUCUGACACAUCCACUGAGAUGAAAGAUUCCCCAGAAUCAGCCAAAACAUUUCCUAGAACAAAUUCAAUAGCAGAUACUCCCAUAAAUAUACCUCAUAAACCUGCAUCCAUCGGUGGAGAAUCUCCUUUACAAAUAUCGAAUCUAAUCAAUAAUAACGAGUCAAAUUUACCUAUCUUCGAUAGAUCAUUAAUGAAUAAGAGUUCCAAUUUUAAUUCUCCUGGAAUCGAGAACAAAGCCAUUUUCAGCAGAGCAUCAAUUGAUAGUAAAUCAAAUUUCAUGCCUUCAUCUGCUGAUAGUAAGAAUUCAUCAAUCCUGUUGGCAGAUUUACCUCCAGGUUUGAAGCCAAUGGUUGAGCAUAUCAGUAAUGGAGAUUAUAACACUCAGAUGAAUAAGAAAAGUCUCCCAACGAGUAAUAUGCCAAACAGCGUCCCGCUGAAUGUGAAUUAUAACCUUGGUCCUGAAACUUCGAACGACUUCUUUCAAAGUCAGACUGAUAUACUAUCAUGGCUUUUCACUGAUCUGCCACCAAUUAAUAAUGGCUACACUAGGAUUGAUGGUUCGGUUAUGCAGGUGCCUUCCAUAGUCAAUAGUCCUAACGCUGAUAAUCAAAUGAAUUCCAUAUAUGAAUUGCAUGAUAACAACAUUUUCCAGUACGAGAUGAAUCCAUUGGACGAAGUAAUGUUAAGGAACUAUAACCAAUCAAGUAACAAAAUGCAGCCAGUGAAGAAUGAGAACGAAGUUACAACGGAGGCUGGUUCCCGGUCAGUGUUUGGAAGUCAUUUUUCUCCUUUAAAUGAAUUGACUCCAUUUAACUACAGUGUUCCAUCUUCUUCCAUAUCAAUGAAUUCUCCAACAAAUACUAAUGAAUCGAAUCCUACUCCUAAACUGAUAAAUGAUUUAUUCAGUCCAAAUAUCAAUAAUCAGCAAAAGAGGUUGCAUGAAUAUGGUAUCAAAUAUAAUAUAGCCAAAAAUGAUCACAUACAUAUCGACAAAAUAAUACUUAGUAAGGUGUUCGAAGCGCUCCCCAGUUUAUCUAAGAGUCAGGUAGAACUCUACUUCAAUGACAAGAUAUUAGUAGAAGAUCGAUUUUCAUAUUAUUUGUCGAUAUACUGGUUGGUAUUCCAUCCACAAUUCAAUUUCCUUCACAAACCGUCGUUCAAAACAUCGACAGCAGAGCCUUUGUUGUUGUUUUCAAUGAUAUUGGUUGGUUGUAACUACUGUACAAAUCCAGCAAACCUCAAUACUGUUCUGUCUCCAAGAUUUAAGUCACUGGAAUACAAAUUAGCAUUGAACAUAGCUGUUCCUUUGAGAUACGCCAUCUUUGAGCAUGAAGAUUUCAAAUCUCCUGUUAAGUUAUGGAUAUUACAAAGUUUGAAUCUUUUAGAAUGGAGUGAGAAGAAUUUCUUGUCAAGAAAGAUGCAUGAAAGAGCACAUGUACAUCAUGCUUCGACUGUUCAAUUAAUGAGGAGAUCACCAGUAUUUGGUGGUAACCCGGGAGACAAAAGUUCAGGUAAUGGCACAUCUGGAACUCAUAUUGUUAAUGAUGAGAAUGAUAAUGAAGACUUAGAUGUGGAUAGUAGUGAGAUUGAUAAAGAGAAGAAAAAAUCCAUGAAAAAUGAUAUGGAAUUAUUCAAAAAAUGGGUUGAGUCGGAGUCAAUGAAGAGAAUCACUUUCAUGACAUUCUACCUUGAUAUCGCAGAUUAUGUCAAAUUUCGUCAUAAUCCUGUAAUUUUGUUCCAUCAGUUACAAAUCAUGAAAUUACCAUGUAAUGAUGAAUUGUGGGAAGCAAGUGAUGUGAAUAAUUCAUUCAUAAAAAUUUUGAAAAAGCAAAAGAAAUUUCAAUCUACAAAUGUUCAUGAUAAUAAUUUGUCCAACGAAAGAUUCUUAACUAUUUUAAAGAAGUUGUUGAACAAUAACGCAAACUUUUCUUAUCACUUAUCACCUUUCGUGAAGAAAAUUCUCUACGGGGGUUUGAUUUCAGUUAUGUAUGAGAUGCAACAGUUUGAAUUGCAAAACACUUCCUCGUUGAUAUCAAUACCUAAUUCCAAAGGGAAUUUUCAAGUUUGGAAAGAACUAUUAACAACAGGCAUAGAAAAUUUUGGAAGGAACAUCAAAGAGAAUUGCACCCAAAUAGCAUUAAAUAAGGAUUCAACCAAAUUCAUUGAUUGUUCAGUCUCGACAUGUAAAUUCCCAAUCUAUCAUAUAACUCAAAUAGUAGGUAUGCCUGAUUUGAAUACUUAUGAUGGAUCUAUUUACUGUGGAUCCCCAGCAAAUCAAAAUGUUAAGAUCAAUGCCAAGGAUAGAUUGAUAGUAGAAAGAAAACUUCUGAGUCUCUGGCUCAAACCUCAUCAAUCAAGUAAUAUUAAUGAUAUAGUGAAUUUGAAAAGUAUAGUUCAUUGUUAUAUAUUCUUAUGGGAAACUUUAUUAGCAGAUAAUUCACCUUUAAAUAAAGUUGAAAAUGAAGAAUGGUCACCCGAUAAAGAUUACUUUGACGCCAUCUUUGGUAUCAGUAUAGCUAUGGAGACAUUAUGGAGUUAUUGUUAUUUGACUUCAGGGAUUGAAAGUCUGAGAUAUAAUGACAUCCAGAAUAUUGAAGAAUUGAAUUAUUUGGAACUCAUCGAGUCAAGUGUUGAAACAGGUUAUGAAUAUUUGAGUAGGAUCAAACAAGAAUUUUUGUUCAAUUUAAAGAGGCAUAAUUUGCAUCAUAGUCAUUCGAUUGAAAACUUAUAUAACCCCAAUAGUGAAGUGUCGCCUCAUGAAAUCUUGGUCAAAUACUGUGAAAUCUUACCUAAAAUAUCCAAUAAACAAAACAUUUCAGGGUUGUGCUUUUUAGUGGGAGCAAAAUUAUAUAAUAAUCAAUGGUUCUUAGUUCGUGAAAAUGGGAAAUUAAUAAUUCAUUGUGGUUUAAGGUCGAUCGGAAAGAAAGAAGUAAUCUGUCAUGAUUUAUUUGAUGUUGAAUUGAAGGAUUAA